AUGACCUUUGAGGAUGUAGCUGUAAAGUUCAGUAUGGAGGAGUGGGCACUGUUGAAUCCUUCUCAAAAGAAGCUCGACAAAGAUGGGAUGCAGGAAACAUUGAGGAACUUGACUGCCAUAGGGUUCAAAAUGGACACAAACCAUAUGAAUAUCAGGAACUUGCAAAGUGACUGUAUGAAUAUACGUGAAAGAACUCAUGCGUCAGAGAACCUGGGUGUGUGCAAACAGCAUAGGAAAGAAUUCAGGAACAUUGCAGGUGUUGAAAGACCAAUGAGGACACACAAGGGGGAUGGUCCGUGUAAGUGUAAGGAAUGUUCCAAAGACUUCCCUAUUCCACUUCACUUUUUUAUUCAUCCAAGUUCUUAUAUUGGAGAGAAGUUGUUUGUGUGUAAACAAUGUGACAAAGACUUUACUAAUCCUGCUGACCUUGAGUGCCAUGAAAAGAUGCAUCAUGAAGAGAGACCCUAUGUCUGUAAGUACUGUGAGAAAACAUUUACUCGUUCUGGUUUCUUGAGAUGUCAUGAAAGAAUUCAUACUGGAGAGAAGCCAUAUGAAUGUAAGCAGUGUGGAAAAGCCUUCACUACAUGCACUUCCUUCUGAUUCCAUGAGAAAAUUCACAUAGGAGAAAAACCAUAUGAAUGUAAGCAAUGUGGGAAACUCUUCAUGUUGUACAGAUAUCUGCAAAGACAUGAACGAGUUCACAGUGGACAGAAACCCUAUGAGUAUAAGCAAUGUGGUAAAGCUUUUUAUGUUCAUGGUGUUCUUUGGUAUCAUGAAAGGAUCCAUAGGGGAGAGAAACCCUAUGACUAUAAACACUGUGGAAAAGCAUUCACUCAUUUCAAUUGCUUGAAAUGCCAUGAAAGGAUUCACAGUGAAGAAAAGCCCUAUGUAUGUAAACAAUGUGGUAAAGCCUUUACUACACACAAUUCCCUUCAUCACCAUGAAAGAACGCACAGUAGAGAGAAACCCUAUGUAUGUAAGCAAUGUGGUAAAGCCUUCACAACACAGAAUUCUCUUUAUCAUCAUGGAAGGACCCACACUGGAGAGAAACCCUAUGGAUGUAAACAGUGUGGGAAAGCCUUUACAUUUUCUCUUCAAUACCAUGAAAGAAGUCACAAUGGAGAGAAACCUUAUGUAUGUAAGCCAUGUGGGAAAGCGUUUACUUUUUCCAGUUCCCUUCAACAGCAUGCAAGGAUUCACAGUGGAGAGAAACCCUAUGUAUGUACGCAGUGUGGGAAAACCUUUCCUUCUAUGAAUCAGGUUCAGAGACAUGAGCAGAAACAUAGUACAGUUAAAGCCGUUGUGUGUAGUCAGUGUGGUAAAGCCUUUACUCUCCAUAGUUCCCUUCGGGACCAUGAGAGGGAUCAUAGUGGAGAGAAACCAUAUGUAUGCAAGCAAUGUGGUAAGGCCUUCACUUACCAUAGUUCACCUUGGUACCAGGAAAGAUUCACGGUGGAGAGAAACCUUAUAGAUGCAGGCAAUGUGGGAAAGCCUUCUUGCAGUGCAGCUCCUUGCAAAGACAUGAACGAAUUCACCCUGUGUAGAAGAGUAUGA